GAGUAUAUGUAUUAUAUUGUCAGGUUUUCGGCCCCCAAAUUCAAGUAGAUUUCACGCAUCCUCAAAUGCACAACUAGUAGCAAAAUGACGCCAAGUUUUUCAUCAAGCAUGGGCGCGGAUUUGCUGGAUGUGACAACUCCGCGCCAUUCACUGCUAUCGGGUCGCUUCAAGCAGAGCUUCGCCUACAUCGCCCUGCAGACGCGAAUGCCGGGUAUCAUGUCGCAGAUCAUCAUGACGCUCUUGUCCAAUAAGGCGCGACUGCAGCAGAUCCAUGGCAGUGAGCUCGAUAAGGACUUUCAUAUUAUAAUUGAAUCGAUAGAGCGAUUGAAGAGGGAACUGCUGCGCGAUCGCAACUUUCAGCUGUUCCAUGGCAAUGAGCCGGACAAGGCCGAGUGGAAUGCAUUUAUCAGCGAGCUGCCACGGCCCAAGCGCUCGUUCUUUCGGGCGAGCUGGCUGCACUCCGAGUGCUAUCUGUACAGGCGCAUCAGUUCGUUCUUCGAGAAUAGCAAGUGCCUGAGGGACUUUGAUUACUUUCAGGACCUCAAGCAGGAGGAUCUCAUAGUCAGUAAUAAGGCGAUAAGCUGCCUCACCCUAGCCACACGCGGGCUAAUGAAGGACUUCAAGUCCUUCAGCCGCCUGAUGCGCAUCAACUUGUGGAGCAAUCACUUUGAGAUCCAGCUAUCUUCAUUCAUCUUCGAAUCGCCCAAAGAUCACAGCAACAUCGACGUCCUUGCCCAUGUGGCCGAUCUGGAUCGCCGGGUGCUGGUCGACGAGAGCCUGAUGGUCUGGAACUGCCUGCUGAAGGCCAAGGGCGAGAAGGAGGUCAUUGUCGACUACAUCUGCGACAACGGCGGAUUCGAGCUAUUCACGGACCUGCUGUUCAUCGAGUACUUGGUGGACCAGGAGCUGGCGACCAAGGUGCGGAUGCAUGUCAAGGCCAUACCCUGGUACAUAUCGGACGUGAUGAAGCACGACAUUGAGUGGACCAUCAAAUACUUGAAGGACAGCAAGGAGGAGCAUGUCUCCAUGCUGGGCAAGAAGCUGGAGUUCCUCAUGGAGAGCGAGCGCAUCGUCAUAGCGCCCAUUUCGCAUUUCUGGACGGGACCACAAUCCUAUUUCGUCAUGGUCGACUCGAAUGUCGAAUUGUACAGGAUGCUCUCGCAGGCCCAGCUGGCGAUCUUCAAGGGAGAUCUCAACUACCGCAAGCUGCUCGGCGACUACAUCUGGGACUCCACGGAGGAGUUCAUCACCUGCCUGCGCGGCUUCCGGCCGACCAAUAUGUGCGCCAUGCGCAAUGUCAAGUGCGAGGUGAUCUGCGGCCUGCCCGAGGGCACCGCCGAUCACUUGAUGAGGACCGAUCCCACCUGGAUGAUAUCUGGCUACUAUGGCGUUAUCCAGUACACGGAUAGCCUGAAGUGCAAGUGCGAGGUUCAGCAUUCUUUGUGCUCGCUGCACAGCAAGGCCAUAUGAUGUAAAGAUGCAUUGAGG